GCUCUUGCUGGAUUCGGCGCCCUUAAUGCUGCCACUUUGGGACUUCCGCCGGUGGCACCUUCCCUCGUCGCAGGGGCACCUGCUAUUGGCAACCUGGAAGCUAUCACUAGCUAACUCUCACAUGUUCUCGGUUUAGCUGGCUCUCUCCCUGGUGUCUCCGGAUCUGCAUCGUUAGCUCAAUUUGCAGCCAACACCCUUCGCGAUGGUGUCUCUCAAGCUGCAGCGGAUAUGGCUUCAUAUCCCCCUGAACCUGGUCUCAGCAAUGUCGCUAAGGAUGCCCUCAAGAAGAAAGGAAAGCUUUUGUCUGAUCUUCUAAAUACGCUCGACCGUCUUUGCCUCGGCCAUUCCCACUGCAAGGGGAAAGAACACACCUCUGUGUUUAUAACAACAGGAGUACACACCACCACUUCCACACGUACUGUCACUCAAGAUGCUUCUAUAUCCACAGUCACCGAAUACGCGACUGGGUGGCGCAAAGAGACAGUGAUAAAGUACGCACCAACAACGAUUACAGUGCAAGUCCCAAUAACUGUCACGGCAUAUGACACGGCGACUACCUCCAGGGACACUGAGCCCGUACAUGCAUCUGCAGCCGGCAGUCCGCUCCCACCUCGGUAUAGAUGUAACCCAAUCCUCCCGAACUGUAAGCCCGAGAGUGCUGAAGUUGUAAGAGUGUGAAGAUAUAGGGUCUUAAAAUAGGGUCGACGGCCUGCAGGGUGUGCUUUGCUUUUCAGUAGAUCAAACCGAUUGCUAAACUCCAACGUUAUAAUAUGUACACAGGC